AUGCAGCUGUGUCUAGGGAGCUCUAUUAUGGAUCAUUGUUCUUGCCGUCAACAUCUCCAUUGUCCUGCUUCGUUCCCCAUCGCCCUGGCCGUCAGCUUCAUCCUCCGUACCCGUCGCCUUUGGUAUCGCCCUUGCUGUCAUCUUGUCACCCUUGUUCGUCCUUGUCUUUCUCAUCUACCUGUACAUCAAGACCUAUCCUGUCGCCAGGGACCUUCCACAUAUUGGGUCUUCCACACAUUGGAACUCGCCCAACCAGGCUCAAACGGUCCUCGACUCGAUUCGCGCGCAGGCUCCCUCCGCCAGACCGCUUACCCUGCCAACCAUGGCCCGCAACCGGCUCACUGGCCAUGUCUUCCACAACUUCGACCUCGCCAAUUGUGCCGCUUUCAGUGCCACAGGCGCGUUCCACUCCGAAACCCUCUGUCUACACUAACCCGGAAGGCGAUGCCGACUCUGGAUGCGACAAGCACAUCACGUUGGCCAGCACCAACGAUCCCACGUUGCAAUCUUCUCAACCUACCAGACCCUGCCCUUCCCGAGCUGGCGCACCUGCCACAAAUAUUCCGUGUCGCGGAAGUAACAACUCUCGUGGCCCUGAUGUGUGGCCUUGCCACUUCGGCCGUUGCGCUGAACGUACUGGAAGCAUCUGUGCAAAUGAAGAGGGUCAGUGUCGAAUCUUUUUCCGUUGUCGUGACGCAGACGCUGACUUAUUGUAGAGAAUAUAAUCAAGGACCGCAACAACAACAGGACUUUUCAUGCGAAACCUGGCACAGAGGGCGGCUUUCCUGA